AUGAACUUCAUCCAGAUGAAUCCGCACUCUCCACGAUCAUGCGAGCCCAACUCCCCAUCAUGGUCUCCACCUCAAGAUUCAGGAUAUGCCAGUGGCCCAAAUGAUCCUUUCGAGACUGCUUUUCUGUCUCAUUUUCCUGUCGAUGCACAAUCAUAUGCACAGGAUUGUUACCUGGGACAUGAGCAACGAUACCCGUCUUCUUACAGGCAUGUAACGUUGCAGAGAAAGCCUACAAGACCUCAGUUGCGUCACCAACAAUCAAUGCCUGUGUUGCCUUACACAUACCAGCAUUUUGAUUCAUACCAGAGUCUGGACGCGCGAUUGAGCAAAUUGUCCGUGGAUGCUGGCAUCAAUACCUUGACUGGCUAUUCUGACAUCGACUCUAUGCUCGCCGCUGCACAUGACAACACGUGUACCACACAGCCUGAGCGUUUCCAAUCAUUCGCAUCCCAACACACAUCUCCAACUCGUGCUCCAAGGCCUGCGAUUCCUGGCCCCUUGACGCCGCCUCCACUGAUAAGGGAGCCUGCUUAUCCUGAGCUGGAAAAGUCUCCUGUCUCGUCUGCUGAGCUUUUCGAUCUCCCUGACAAGACCAGUAGAGGUCGUCGCCGAGGUCGCUCCACUCAUACAGACAUAGAGCGAAGGUACCGUCACAAUCUCAUGGCUCACUUUCGAAAGCUGGCUAGCACGGUCCCGAGCAUUCCUACUCAGCAGCCAGCAAAAGCCGGUCAGAUUCCAAAGCCCAGCAAGGCGGAAGUUCUACUUGCCGCUUGUGAUUACAUCAAGCAACUUGAGAAUGAAGUGACCCAACUACGGAUCGCAGUAGGCUGCGACCUGAGUCCGAGGAGGAAAGCACCAAUGAUCACUGCUCAAUCUUGA